UGAACACAGGCCCUACCUCCAUGCUCCUUACCUCUGUGCCCUCCAGGACUCGCUCAGCCUCCCAUGCACAGACCCUCUGAGUACAGUACCUCCGCUAUAGAGACAGGGAGAGGUGCGACCAUGCUUGAGGCCAGAGUCCCCGACUCUGCCCAGAGUCCCAGGAGCCUUCGUGCUGCCUAAGCCCUGUGGGUGCUCUGGGUUUGGUAAGUGCCAGGGCUCAAAAAUCAACACCCCAACGUGGAAGCCUCAGAAGCAAAAGUUUCUGUGUCCUGCUCCCACCCUCCUGUCUCCAGCCCCUCCUUCUCCUCUGAGAGGCUUCCCCAAACCCUGCCACAAAACCCAGAAAUAUGACUCCAGUUCUCCACUCCCUCCCCUUUCCGUGUAGAAACCAGCCUAAAGAAACCCUCUGGCCUGCUUUAUUUGACUGUAGGUCAUAAGAGCUCCAUUCCAGAGAGGGUCCUGCCCCACACCUAGAAGGAGGGAGAGCUGCUCAGAGAAGCCCCCGGGAAUCUGACCCGACAGGCCCUGCCAGGUUCUCCUCUCGGUCUAAGAGCGUCCGGCCUUACUUCUGUGUCCAAUCAUAGUUCCAUACGUUGCUGAACUGUCUUUAUGUUUAUAAACAUGGACAGUUUCCCCCCAGAUCUUUGGGUCUUCAUCGUGAAGGCUGCCAUGCCACAUAAGCUACGAUCAAAUACAUCUGUUAUGCUCUUCUCCUGUUCAUCUGCCUUUUGCCUGUUGAUUUUCAGUGAACUCCCAGAGGAUGAAAAGGAGUUUUCCGUUUGGCCCCACAGGGGAGGAGCGAGCGAGAUUGAGGUGGAAGCUGGGCCUCUGAAGGACACAGGGUGUUCUAAGAAAGGGGCAACAGGGCAGAUCUGUGUUCACACACACGCCCGUGUGAAUUCACUCUCAGACGUCUCCUUGUGUCAGCACGCUGGGUGCCAGCACGCUCUGAUAUUGACACAAAGGGCCAUGGAGUCAGCACUCACUCCACACACACCCCGUGCCCACUUACCCAGGGAGGGCCAGGAAUGAGGACACCACUGUGGCUCAGUGAUGGCACCGAGACACAGGUGAACACUGUAAAAUGUGGAUGCCUGGAGGCAGCCCACACCCUGGGCCUUGGCUGGGAGAAAGCUUCCAGAAAGGUUAUCACAGCGAUGCAUUUCAUCAGAACUGAGCACAUGAAUGGGGAGGGGCAGGACUUCCUGAAUGUCCCAACUCCACUGUCCCACCCUCUGUGUCAAUAUGAGGCUGCCUUAUAAAGCACCAAGAGGCUGCCAGUGGGACAUUUUCUCGGCCCUGCCAGCCCCCAGGAGGAAGGUGGGUCUGAAUCCAGCACCAUGACGGAACUGGAGACAGCCAUGGGCAUGAUCAUAGACGUCUUUUCCCGGUAUUCGGGCAGCGAGGGCAGCACACAGACCCUGACCAAGGGGGAGCUCAAGGUGCUGAUGGAGAAGGAGCUACCGGGCUUCCUGCAGAGUGGAAAGGACAAGGAUGCCGUGGAUAAAUUGCUCAAGGACCUGGACGCCAAUGGAGAUGCCCAGGUGGACUUCAGCGAGUUCAUCGUGUUCGUGGCUGCAAUCACGUCUGCCUGUCACAAGUACUUUGAGAAGGCAGGACUCAAGUGAUGCCCUGGAGAUGUAGAUUCCUGGCAGAGCCAUGGUCCCAGGCUUCCCAAAAGCAUUUGUUGGCAAUUAUUCCCCUAGGCUGAGCCUGCUCAUGUACCUCUGAUUAAUAAAUGCUCAUGAAAUGA